AUGUACCCAAUGACGCCAGAGCCGUUGGAGGUACGUGUGGGCUCCAUGACGAGUAUAAGUAUGAGUAUCAAGUACGAGAUUCAGGGGCGCGACUGCGGCCUGGCAGAGGUCGAAGAGACUUGCCUCCACGAUAUGGGAUAUAUCUGCACGGCGAACGUGGAGGCCUCGCUGGCGCCGACUGAUCCAGUCCAGGUGCAGGCUGCAGGGUUCCCCCAGACCUCCCAUGCGCGGCAGGUCGUCGCGGCCGACAUGAAGACUUCUUAUGUGGAAUCCUGGUAUAGGUUGAUAGAGGCAUCCCUGGCCAGUAAUGCCCGUCUAUUCUUCCGCCGGCCUGCUACUGGCUGCCUGCCCUUUGGCGUACUGGCUAUUGGGCUGUCCACAGUUACCAACUUACCAGCGAUCUCGACGGCUAUCUAA